UACGAUCACGUGAUCAGAUUGGCUUAUUUACAAAUCUCAAACUAAUCAAACAUAAGGACGAACAACAGCAAAAGCAAAUUAGCCAACUACAAGCGGAAAAUGCUACUUUAAAAACUCGAUUAAAAGAAACUCAAGACCAAUUAAAAACUAUUCUGGAUUUCGGGAAGACAGUUUUACAUAUAAUAAUCGCUUUAAUAUUAACAUCUCUAGCGCGUUAUAUACGUCAUAUGUGA